AUGACCUGGCUAGCGACUCCGCAGACGAGCGAAAAAUUAAAGCUGCUGAAAAUCGUGCCAUCAGAAAAAAGCAAAACACAUUUAAUCGCACCAGGAAAUCAAAGUUUUCGGAUGUAUCGUCAACGAUCUCCAAAGCUCCAGAUAAAAUCCAGUUUCGGAAUGCUGAAUCAGACUUCAGACGAGUUGUUCACCCCAGUGCGACUAGCUUCAAGCCAACAGGAACUUGCUUCAGCUGCGGAAAAAACGGACACUGGCGAAAAUACUGCCCCGAAGCUAAAAGAUAAAAGUACAUUUAAAGAUAAGUUAAUAUUUCCUUUAAUUUCGUCUAAAACAUGUAAAUCAAAAUCCAAUAAUAAAUUUGAAAGUGUAAAAGGCAAUUUAAAAAACAAAAUUCCCUUUUGGGAAUCCAUAAAAGCGAACAGAACAAUUAUAGAUAUCCUAAAACAUGGCUAUAAAAUUCCAAUUUUCUCAACCCCAGAAAAAGCGCAUUUUGAAAAUAAUAGAUCAGCUCUCAUGGAAAAAGAAUUCGUUACUGCUUCCAUAAAAGAACUGCUUGGGAGUGGAGGGAUUCGGGAGGCUGCAUUCACUCCUCACGUGGUAAACCCAUUAUCCGUUUCUACUCAAGGUAAUGGUAAAAAACGCCUUAUCUUGGAUUUAAGACAUGUAAAUAAGCAUAUAUAUAAAGACAAAGUAAAAUUUGAUGACUGGAGAGUCAUGGAAGAAUACUUAAAGAGGGAUAGCUUCAUGUUUCAGUUUGAUCUGAAGCAAGGUUAUCACCAUAUUGAUAUAUUUGAAGAACAUCAAACUUAUCUUGGAUUUUCUUGGAAAUUUGAAGGGAUAACAAAACAUUUCGUAUUCACUGUUCUACCUUUUGGCUUAACUUCUGCCCCAUUUAUUUUUACAAAAAGUAAUGCGUUGUCUGGAGUCGCAAGCUCAUACGAAACAUGUUUAAAACAGUCGGAAUUUGUUCAGGAGACUUUAUUUAAAAGCGGAUUCAUUGUUAACAACGAUAAAAGUGUCUGGAAUCCACAAAAAGAAGUAAUCUGGUUAGGCGUUAAAGCAGAUUUGCAUAGAAAUGUUUUCACUAUCCCUCAAAUACGAGUUAACUCCAUCUUAGAUUGUAUUAAUAAGGCCAUUCAAAACUUACCGUAUUCAACAGCGAGAAAUUUAGCAAGGCUGUGUGGCAAAAUUGUUUCUACAAAGUUCGUUGUGAAAGAAUUAAUUCAAUUAAAAACUAGAAACUUAUACAAAAUCAUUGAUGCAGAAAUGUCUUGGGAUUCUCGAAUUAAUCUGAAAGAAAAGGAUCAGGCUAUUAAGGAAAUUAUCUUUUGGCGUGAUAAUUUUGAAAUGUUUAACAAAAGAGAAAUCAUUCCCUACAGAAUUCCACAAAUUGAUGUUUAUUCGGACGCUAGUGAUUACGCUAUAGGAGCGCACGUAAGAACGGACAGCAAAACAUACACCUGUUUUAAGAAUUUUAAAAUUCAUGAGAAAAACUUUAGUUCCACAUGGCGGGAAUUAUAUGCAAUUCUGUUCACAUUAGAAACAUUCAAAACCAUAUUAAAAGGAAAAAUUAUAAAUUGGAAAUCGGACAAUUUCGCAGCUACUAUAAUAACAAAAUCAGGUAGUGCAAAAUCCCAGCUACAAGAAAUAGCUGAACGUAUUUUCAAAAUCGGUUUUGAUUAUUCUAUCGAUAUCAAUAUAUCAUGGAUACCUAGAAAAGAAAAUCGUUUGGCAGAUAAAAUAAGUAAAUAUUUUGACUACGAUGAUUGGCAAACUACAGAAAAGUGUUUCAAUACACUGAACAGAUUAUGGGGCCCCCUGACAAUUGACCGAUUUGCAGACCACGAGAAUGCGAAAACGCCAAUAUUUAAUUCACGAUUUUGGUGUCCCAGAACAGCGAUCGUCGAUGCGUUCACUGUCGCGUGGGGAAAUGAAAAUAAUUACUUAGUCCCGCCUACGUCAUUAGUGAGCAGAACUUUAAGUCACAUGGAGGCGUCGAAAGCCAUAGGUGUGCUAGUUGUUCCAUACUGGAAAUCUGCAAAAUUCUGGCCGUUAUUAAUCAACUCAGAUUCGAAAUUUAAGACGUUUGUCAAAGAAUACCGUGUUUUUAAAAACACUAGCGAAUAUGUCAGCAGGAUUGCAGAUCCCUACUGCUGUGGAAACACAAUCGUGAAAAGUGUAAACAGACGGGUAGUCAAGCCCCAGUUUAAGAGGAAGGUAGCAUUAGCAGGAGUGCAGAUGGCUACUGGAUAUAAACUUUGGGUUGCUUAA